AGGCAAGACAUCAGCAAACUCUUGGAUCCUGUAUUUCAGAAUAAAACUUUGUCCUGUAUAGCCUGGUCUUGCUUAGCUAAAUGCUGCAUUGAUAAUUUGACGACAGUAUGGUUACCUUUCUUUGCCAGCUGUUUGUUUAUCUGAAUAUCAAUGCCCGCGUAUAAAUACGCAUUGCUAGCUCCCCAGCUUCCUUUCAUUUCCAUUACUACCAACUCUUGUCAAAAUCCAACUCUAGACGACUAGACAUCAGCAAUGGCUAGCAGAUACUGCCUGGUGUUUUCGAUUGCUUUUCUCAUUGGUUCUUUGAUGGCUGUUAUCUCUUCUGCUAGUAAUUUCAAUCAGGAUUUUGAGAUUACAUGGGGUGAUGGCCGUGCCAAGAUACUAAACAACAACGAGCUUCUUGUACUCUUCCUCGAUAGAAUCUCAGGGUCAGGAUUCCAGUCCAAGUAUGAGUAUCUAUUUGGUAAGAUUGAUAUGCAGCUCAAGCUUGUCCCUGGAAACUCUGCUGGCACUGUCACCGCCUAUUAUUUGUCCUCAAAAGGGUCAGCAUGGGAUGAGAUAGAUUUCGAGUUCUUGGGUAACUUGAGUGGUGAUCCGUACACCAUCCACACCAAUGUGUAUAGCCAAGGCAAGGGCGAUAGAGAGCAACAAUUCCAUCUUUGGUUUGACCCAACUACCGACUUUCAUACAUAUUCCAUUCUUUGGAACCCUCGGAGCAUUGUAUUUUAUGUUGAUGGCACCCCCAUAAGAGAGUUCAAGAACUUGGAGUCAAUUGGUGUUCCCUUCCCAAAGGACCAGCCCAUGAGAUUACACUCUAGCCUUUGGAGUGCAGAUGACUGGGCUACAAGGGGUGGUCUGGUUAAAACAGACUGGACAAAAGCACCUUUCAUUGCUUCUUAUAGGAACUUCAACGCCAAUGCCUGUAUAUGGUCCUCUGGAACAUCUUCCUGCACUUCACCAUCCACUAAAGGUGAAUGGCUCUCACAAGAAAUGGAUUUAGCAAGUAAGCAAAAAUUGAAAAUGGUGCAAGAGAAGUUCAUGAUCUACAAUUACUGCACAGACACAAAGAGGUUUCCCCAAGGUUUUCCUAAAGAAUGCAGCAGGGUAUCCGAGGAAAUCCGAAAAUAAAAUUUCCUCAUGCUAUAGCGCUCUGAAUUUCCAUUAUAUGUUUAUGUAUUGUAGGUAGUAUAUAAAAGAGAAGUAGUAUCUCUCUUGUUCUUAUAUUUAGAUCAAGUAGGGGUGUCAUGGAAUCAUGGUAGACUGCAUGUUGUGUCGACAAGUUUCUCAUGUAACAUAGUCUUUUUAUCGUUUCGUGCUGUACUUUCCCGAUGUAAGUAUAUAUAUAUGAUGAACUUCUUGUAAUAUUUGUAUUGAUUGGAUCACUUUUAAAACAGAACAGUUAUUAAU